ACCAACAAAUAUUGGACAGUUAUAAAAGCUUCAUUCAUAAAUCAGCGGUUGUUCGAGUUUCCAAAAUCAAAGCUUUGGCAAUCGAGCAACAAUGGGAUUCUUAACAUUCUUUAUGGUGGCCUUUAUGCCGGUGUUGUUGACGUUGUUGUUAGCAAGUGUUGGUCUCAUUUUUGCCAUGGAUAGGAUAAAUCUACUGGGUCCAACAGUAAGGCACAACUUGAACAAUUUGGUGUAUUACGUAUUUAAUCCUUGUCUGAUGGCUGCCUACCUGGCGAAAACCAUUUCACUUGAUGCUAUGAUUGAAAUGUGGUUCAUGCCCGUAAAUAUUUUAAUUGCGUUUGUUAUCGGAUCAGCAUUUGGAUGGGUACUAAUCAAGAUCACUAAACCACCACCUCAUCUGCAAGGCGUUGUAAUUGGUUGUUGUACAGCAGGAAACUUAAGGAACUUGCCUCACAUACUCAUCCCAGCGAUAUGCAAUGAGCCUAAGAGCCCUUUUGGAGAAUACUCCAUCUGCAUGGUUGAUGGAGCAGCUUACGUUUCCAUUACAAUGGCGGUAGCAGGCAUAUAUACUUGGUCUUACGUAUAUAUUAUUAUGAAAAGGUUAGCUGAAAAGAACAAUGAAGUUGACACCCAUCACUCUGUGGUGACUAUAGGGUCUUCUAGUGAAGCAUCAGAUCUCACAGAAACAUUACUGAAUUCUACGGUUGGGGGCCUUGUGUCCAUGUCAGAAAAGAUCGAGAAUGGAGCACUUCGAUUCAUCAACACACUCACGAGUAUCAAUUUACGGAUGUUGUUCACACCAACUAAUAUUGGAGUGAUAACUGGACUGGUCAUCGGAGUAGCCCCUUUUUUGAAGAACUUGGUAGUCGGUAGUAAUGCUCCUCUUCGUAUUAUAUACAGUGCGUCUGAUAUACUAGGAGGAACAACAGUGCCUUGUGUGACACUAGUACUUGGAGCAAACCUUCUAAAAGGUUUGAGAAGAUCAGGACUAAGUGCACUGCUUAUAAUAGGAGUAAUAAUGGUUCGUUUUGUAGCAUUGCCUUUACUCGGCAUCGUCGUCGUAAGAGCUGCUCAUCAUCUUGGCAUGGUUGGACCAAAACCAUUUUAUAGGUUCGUUCUUAUGUUUCAGUUUGCCGUGCCACCAGCAAUGCAAGUAGGUACUAUCAGCCAACUCUUCGAGACAGGAGAAGGUGAAUGCUCCGUCAUUAUGCUAUGGACAUAUAUAGUUGCUACAUUAGCCGUCACCUUUUGGUCCACACUGUUUAUGUGGCUAGUGAUUUAA